GGAUCUCCUAAAUUACUGUUAUAUUCACAUUUCCGUUGUAAAUAUUUACUUACUUUACUUUUCUGGAAUAAAGGCACUUUGAUUUUAGAUUAGAUGCAAGUUUCUCAUAAAAUGGCAAAUUUACUUUUUGUUUACUAACUGAUUGCUGUAACUGAUUUAAACUGGUUCUCCCCGCUUCUUUUUGCAGCUUCAACUUGAGUGCAAAAUUUAGGACUUUAAAUCUUAUAAAGCGAAAGUGGCAAAUCGGCAUCUUCCUUCCUUGUAUCGUAGCUGUCGAAGGCAUUUCAAUAUGGCAUCAAAACCACGGAUAAAUAUCGAUGUGGUGAGCGAUGUCAUCUGACCCUGGUGUUGGGUUGGGAAGAGGAAGAUGGAACUCGCCAUGGAGUCCUUGAAAGACAAGUUUGAUUUCCAUGUGCGAUGGGAGCCUUUCUUCCUCAAACCCAACACUCCACCAGAGGGAAUCCCAAAACCCGCGGCGUACACAGAUUCAAGUAACCCACGAGUUGCAGCGCUGAUCCAAAGUGGAGCAGAAAUAGGACUGCAGUUUACGAACAAGUGUCCAGUAUUUCCCAAUACACUGAAAGCACAUGCCUUGAUGGAAUAUGCAAAAGAUGUUGAAAAUGGAGUGAAGCAAAAUGAUGUGGCAGAAAAACUAUUUAAGAAAUAUUUCACAGAUGGAGAAAAACUUGCCGAUGAGACUUUGCUUGAAGUGGUGAAUGAUGCUGGUCUGAAUAAAGAAAACUUUUUGAACUAUGUGACUACUCCUGACAACUUGGAGAAAGUGGUUACCAAGGCUGCCAGUUGGUCAGCUAAAGGGAUAUCAGGUGUUCCUACUUUUUAUAUGAAUGGCCAGAAGAUGUUCUCAGGGGCUCAAGAUCCCCAGACAUUUAUCAGAAUGUUCGAAAUUGCAGCAACGAGAUUUCCUCUUCAAUCAGAAAGCAAAAAUUAAAACUGUUUGCCAGAGGACUUACUGAAUGUAGCUUGCAUGUACAAAAACAAGAUUUCAUGAUGCAGUUUACCUGAUUUUGAUAAAUCAACUGAUAGAAAGCAUUAAUAUAUGUAUAUCAAACACAUAUGUUAUAAAUCCUGUGAGUGCUUCUGGAUGGUCACAUGUUUGUUGUUUGAUAACUAUGAACUAAUGAAAAUUUUCAUAGCAAAAAAUACACCUAUGAAGAUUGGAUGAAAGAUUGUCUAGUGCAACAUACAUUUGACUGAUCCAUGCUCCAUGCUUUAUGUAGUUAUGUUACUGCUUGUUAAAUUUUCUCGAUAUACGCAUUUGAUUUGUUACAUUAAUAAAAAAUUUGGUAAAUGCAGUCUGAUGCAAGCCAUAUCUAUGA